AUGGCUGAGCAGGCUGUAACUACAUACGUCCCCCUGGACGUGUCUCUUCCACCGAUUCCUGAAGGGCAAGUCUUUUCCGACUUGCAAUGGAAAACGUUGUUAUCUCUGGCAGACACCGUGAUUCCUUCCAUUCGUUCUACGUCACUUACAAAGUCACUCUCUACCAAGGUGGUACCUGAAUCGACAUUCAAGGAAGCUGUCUCGACUCUGGCAUCUCACAUCCACGACCCAGACGCCACAAAGAUUGCUGAACAGUAUCUGGAAGAGAAUGCGUCCACCAACCCCCAGUUCGUGGAGGGGCUGCGGCGACUUUUCGCCGACUAUAUCCACGAAGAAGGGAAAAGCGGCAUCAAUCUCAUCCUCAAUGCUCUCAACUCCAAAGCUGGUUCGCUCAUUCUGACUGGCUCGACCACUCCCAUUCAAGACCAACCGUUUGAAAUUCGCGAGAAGAUCUUUUCUGCUUGGGAAACUUCCCGAAUAAAGCCUCUUCGCGCCAUUUAUAGGGCGUUCACGGCCAUUUUUAAGAAGACUUGGGCCACGUCGAGCCCCACGAUCCGUUCAGUCGUUGGCUGCCCUCGUGUUCCCAUCCACGGCAAACCUGCGGAUGGGUUCGAAUACGAGUUCCUGCAGUUUCCCCCUGGCGACGAACCUGAAACCAUAGACACGGAUGUUGUGAUAGUAGGGAGCGGUUGCGGUGGCAGUGUCGCUGCCAAAAACCUGGCCGAGGCUGGAUACAGAGUAUUAGUCGUGGAGAAAUCCUACCACUACCCAUCCAAGUACUUCCCCAUGAAUUUCAACGAGGGCUUUGUCAGCAUGUUCGAGAACGGAGGAGCGACGACGAGUGACGACGGGUCGAUUGCCGUCCUCGCUGGUUCCACAUGGGGCGGCGGUGGCACUGUCAACUGGUCGGCUUCGCUGCAGACACAGGGCUAUGUGCGCCGGGAAUGGGCAAGCAAAGGGCUGCCGUUUUUCGAGUCUUAUGAAUACCAGCAAGCCUUGGACCGUGUCUGCGAUCGGAUGGGUGUCAGUAAUGACCACACCGAGCAUAACUAUGGCAAUCGUGCUCUCCUUGAUGGGGCUCGGAAGUUGGGAUAUGCAGCCAAUCCUGUCCCUCAGAACACAGGCGGAUCGAGUCACUAUUGCGGAUACUGCACGAUGGGCUGCCAUUCCUGUGGCAAAAAGGGGCCCAGGGAAACUUUCUUGGUCGAUGCUGCCAAAGCUGGCGCCACGUUCGUUGAAGGGUUUCGCGCGGAUAAGGUUCGUUUCAGGAUGACCAAGGGCGGACGGGUGGCGUCUGGAGUUGAGGGAACCUGGACUUCCAGGGACUCUUAUCUGGGAACCGCUGGCACGAACCGUACGAGCCGCAAGGUGAUCAUAAACGCUGCUAAAGUCAUUGUUUCCUGUGGAACAUUGCACAGCCCGCUCCUGCUGCUGCGUAGCGGACUCAAGAACCCACAAAUCGGGCGUAACCUCUACCUCCAUCCUGUCGUCCUGUCAUGUGCUGUCUUUGACGAGGAAGUCCGUCCCUGGGAAGGUUCUGCUUUGACCACAGUCGUCAACGAGUUUGAAGAUCAGGACAGCCAGGGUCACGGAGUCAAGAUCGAGAACGUGGUAAUGCUUCCUGCGCUUUAUCUUCCGACCGGCUUCAUCGCUCUGACCAAAGAACGAGACGCGGGACGAGUGUACCCUGACCCUGCAGAUGGACGUGUCAGGAUUGACUACACCGCGUCGGCCUAUGACCGGAAGCACAUUGUCGAAGCCCUGAUUGCGACGGCAAAGAUAGCUUACAUAUCCGGGGCAAGGGAGUUCCAUACUUCGAACCGCGAAAUACCGCCAUUCAUCCGUCCCACGGAGGCAUCGGAUCCCAAUGCGCCCGAGGGCGUCACCAACCCAGCACUUCAGGCGUGGAUUGCCGAGCUCCGGCGCAAGAACCCUGUCGAUCCCGAACGCACACAGUACGCCAGCGCUCAUCAAAUGGGUACCUGCCGUAUGGGGUCGUCCCCGAGGACGAGCGUCGUCGGCCCGGACUGUCAAGUCUGGGGCACUCAGGGUCUGUACGUCAUGGAUGCGUCUGUUUUUCCCAGUGCUAGCGGUGUGAACCCGAUGGUGACGAACAUGGCGAUUGCGGAUUGGGCCAGCCGGAAAGUUGUAAGAUCUUUGGAGGAGGCGAACUAUGGCAAGAGCGUGUUGGCUCGUCUAUGA